AUGAUCAUUCUCCGUUACGAUAUUUGGCGUCAUCGAAGUACUUUCGCUGAUGCCACCAAAGCAAUAUCAUCGUCUCAGGACUCGACAAUCAGUCCUACUGAGCAUGGUCAGCAGAUCUCGCUUUCGAAUCUUCCGAGCCAGCAGCAACAACAAAUGCGACAUCACCAGCAUAGUCAACUUUAUCACUUGACCCAGCAACAGCAGAAUCAGCCAACUCAGCAGCCGCAGCAGUCACACCAAAACCACCUUCAACAACAAGAGGAUGAGCAAAGUUCCCUUCAACCUCACCUUGGAGGCCAUCAAAUGCAACGCCAGAAUAAUCACAAUCAGCAGCAGAAGCAGCAAGACCAUAUGGCUUACCACGAACAGCAGAUGUCUAUCUUUCCUGGUGGUCAAAUUCCAUGCAAUCAGGUAGCUUAUGAAAACAGAGUUAGUUCCAAGUACUGGGUUUCCGCUCCUAAAACGUAUUACUUAGGUUUUGCAAUAGAGAUUGUGUUAUGCCCUGUAUACUACAGAAUGGUUACGAAUAAUUAA